AUGCGCCCAUUUGUCAUGAAGACAAAUUCUGUCUCGCUAUCCUCCAUCGCCUCGAAAUCUGCGGCGGUCGCCACUGCCACCACCACCCCCACUGCACACAAUCCUGACGCACCGUCAAACAUCAACCUCACCACCGUCAACACUAGCGAUGCGGACUCGGCCCAAACCUGUCCCCAUUGGGACCGCACCUUGACCUCACACAUCAGCCUGGCCGGUCACAUGCGAAUCCAUUGCGUAGAGACGGGCGAACUAGUGCCUGGAACAUCAAACUGCGCUCGCCGCAUUCGCUUCCACUGUCCACACUGCCCCUGCAUACUCACUCAACGCAUGGGCCUUCUAGGCUACAUGCGUAACCACGAGUACGGAAUUCACCGCAGUCUCGAAUUACCUAGCACAUCCUGCCAAUCCUCCAUACCUAGCCCAAUCCACACCCCAUCGCCCAGCGCGCACCACUGGCACUACUAUCGCCGACACCGACUCCGACAUUGCCGAUCUAUCCUGCCUGUACUGUCCUCGCACAUUCACCUCAAAAAUCGACCUGGUCGGUCAUUUGCGAAUUCAUCGUACAGAGACUGGGAAACUAAUGCCUGGAACACCAACCUUCAUUCGCUACAUUCGCCUCCGCUGUCCCCGCACAUUCGCUCGUCGCACCGGCCUAUUAGGACACAUGCGCAUUCACGAAAACCUGCGGUAGACAACCAUCGGCUACGCCACACCAUCACGUUUCCCCCCACCAACACCCCGCACCACACAGCAACAUCACCCACCACCAGCACCCAGUUGCCACCUUCCGCGCAAGUGGGAAGUGUGCGUCUCGGCCCCUCCUCCAUGCAGCUCCUCUGCUGCGUGUGUGAUCUGAGUUUGAGACUGUCACGGUGCGCCAAGCGCCGUGGGUUGGAAGGCUGCCGCCUGACGCCCCAUCGCAGUCCAAGCAGUCUGCCCAGUUGUAUGUGUUUCUAUGGAGUGGCGGAGACAGGCUGUUACUGCUACUUCUUACAGUGA